GUUGAUUCCUCCAAUAAUUAAUUCCAUCAUGAGUCGUGCUGAGGUUGAUUUGCAAACAAGUGUCAAGAAAGCGUGUAAUGUGGACGAAGUUCCUCCCAAGAGAAAGCAUGUCAGAGCAUGUAUUGUUUACACUUGGGAUCAUAAGAACUCUCGUGCCUUUUGGAACGCAGUGAAGAUACAACCAUUGCAGAGUAACGAGGUUCAAUUGUUCAAAGCCCUUAUCAUGAUUCAUAAGGUUCUUCAAGAAGGUCAUCCAAAUACACUUAAGGAUGCCUAUAGAAAUCGUGAUUUCAUUUCUUCGUUAGGAUCUGUUUUCCCUACCCAUGGAAAUGCAUAUGGAAGAUUGAUUAGUCAGUACGAUAGAUAUCUUCUUCAAAAGUUAGAUUUCCAUCGCAACAAUCCUGGAUUUAAUGGUAUUUUUGAAUAUGAAGAGUAUAUCUCAUUAAGGGCCGUCAAUGACCCCAAUGAAGGUUAUGAAUCUAUUUUACAAUUGAUGGAUCUCCAAGACCUGAUUAACGAUCUCCAAAAGCUUAUAUUCGCGACAAUUCAUCAAACCCACAACAAUUUGUGUAAAGUUAGUGCAUUGGUUCCUUUGAUUUCUGAGUCUUAUGGGAUUUACAAGUUUUGUACCUCGAUGCUUAGAGCCAUGUACCAACAAUUGGGUGCUGAUGAUGCAUUAACUGUAUUGGUUGAGAGAUUCGACUCCCAACACUUUAUGUUACGUGAUUUUUACACUGACUGCCAUUCAAUUAAGUUUUUGACCAGUCUUAUUACUAUUCCUAGAUUACCUAACAGUGCACCAAACUUGCAAAUUAGCGACGAUGGCCAAGCUAUUUCUAGACCUCGUUCCGCUAAUACUACUGAAAAUAGUACUCCUCAAUUGUCUGCUCAACCUACCAGUUUUGAAGCUCCUCCUAAUCCACCACCUGAAGUUGACCAACAAACUGGCUAUUUGUAUCAGCAGCAGCAGGAGCAAGCUAGAAUUCAAAAUGAGUUGGAAUUGCAACGUCAGCAACAACUUCAACAACAGCAGGAGCAACAACGUCUUUUUGAAGAGCAACAACGUGAACAAGAAAGAAGAUUUUUGCAAGAACAACAAGCUUUACAAAUGCAACAGACUCAACAACAACAAAGUCGUGUCUCUGAGUUAGAACAUGAUUUGUUAAUGUUCAAGAAUCAAUAUGAUAAUGAUCAACUGCUCUUACAACAAUAUGAUGCCCGUGUUAAAACCUUGGAAAACGAAAUGAUGACUUUUAACAAUACCGCUACUCAACAAAUUGCCUCCAAGGAUGAGCAAAUUAAAAAUUUAGAAGAUCAGAUUGACAAUUGGACCAAAAAGUAUGAAUCUCUUGCAAAGUUGUAUUCUCAAUUACGUCAAGAACAUUUGAACUUGUUAGCCAAAUUUAAAAAGAUUCAGCAGAAGAUUAAUAGUGCACAAGAAUCAAUUUUGAAGAAAGAGAAACUCGAAAAGGACCUCAAGGCCAAGAAUGUGGAGUUGGCUGACUUAAUCCGUGAACGUGAUAGAGCUAGAUUGGAUAUUGACCGAGUUAAAGCAAGCAAGGACCAAGAAAUUGAAAAGCUUGAGGCUGAAAUUCGUGAAUUAACUUUGUCUGCAAGAGAAUCAGGUAAAUUACAAACCUUGAACUUAUCUUCCGUCAUGUCCAAGCAUCAAAGUGAGCUUGAGGAUUUAAAGAAGCAACUUGCAGAUAGAGAAUUACAAUUAAAUGACUUGGGUGACUCGGAGGCUUUGAAAGAUAAGUUGACAGAAAAAGAACUUGAAUUAGAAAUUGCCCAAGAGUCUUUGGAUAGUGCCCUUAGAGAGUUGGCCAAGGCUAAAGAGGAUCAAGAUGAAAUUGAUAAUGCUCAAAUUGAUCAAAUUCUUCUCAGUAACAUUGAAAAACUUAAAGACUUGGUUGAUAUUUUCUUGGACAAUAACAUUAGACGUAUUUUGGAAACAAAGCAUGAAUUAUCAUCGCAAGCACAAGCAGGUAAUUUGAAUUCGACUCCAGAAUACUUAUUAUCAAUUUGUGAAAAAACUUCAGAUACUGCUAAUGCCUUCACAUCUAUUUUUAAGAAUUAUGUUUCUGAAGGGAAGAACUCAUAUUAUGAUGAUAAUUCGAUUUAUCAAGAUAUCAUUUUGAACAGUUCUGAAUUGACCGUUACCAUCAAUGAUUUGCUGAUGAAUGCGAAAGGUGUUGCAAAAAGUAUUCCUGGAGCUCAAGAAGAAAAUUUGUUGACUUAUGUCCAUGGUGUAUUAGAUAGCACAUUAGAUUACUUCCAAAGCAUCAAAUCUGAUCAGUUGAACAAGCUUGAUGAUUCUGGAAAAGCUGCUCGAGUUAAUGAUGGUAAUGCAGACCUUCAGAAUUUGUUAAAGGAAUUAGGUCUGUUUGUUGAUGGCUUGAAAUCCCAUAGUGGAAUCAAGUUCCUGGGUAACUUGGAGGAGCUCGUUAACGAUGAAAUGGAACAAACUGCUGCAAUUGUCAGUAAGGCAUCCAAUUUCUUGAAUGAUUUGAUGGCCAAUCCAAGUAUCCAUGGAGGAAACUUAGAAGUUCACGAAAUGAUUUUGGCUGCUGCCAAGUUAGUCACUGAUGCUGUGGUUAAUUUGAUUUCUGCUUCUGUUGAAUCGCAAAAUGAAAUUGUUAGCAAAGGUAAAGGCACCCAAACAAGAACUGAAUUCUAUAAGAAGAACAAUCGUUGGACUGAAGGUUUGAUUAGUGCAUCUAAAGCUGUUGCUGGCGCAACCAACAUUUUAAUCCUGACAGCUGAUGGUGUUCUUAGAGAUGUUAAUUCUCAUGAACAAUUGAUUGUGGCCUCUAAUGAAGUUGCUGCAUCUACUGCACAAUUAGUCGCUGCUUCAAGAGUCAAAGCUAAUUUCGUAUCCAAGACCCAAGACAAUUUAGAACAUGCAUCAAGUGAUGUAACCAGUGCAUGUAAAGCUCUUGUGUCCAAAGUUCAACAAUUGUUGACUAAGGAACAAGAUACUAAUGACAUUGAUUUGAGCAAGUUGACUCCAUAUGAGGGUAAGACUGUUGAGAUGGAACAACAAGUUGAAAUUUUGAAGUUGGAAAAUAAAUUGAAUGCUGCUAGAAAGAGAUUAGGAGAAAUUAGAAAGCAUGGUUAUAGAGAUGAUGAAAGCGAUGAUGAAAACUAGGCUUGUUUAUAUGAUGCAGUAUUUAAUAUCUGUGUAAAAUCUGUGAUAUUUUUAAUAAAUUUGAUACUCUACA